AUGAAACAAAGUGUUUUGGGGGUCACCGGGGCUCUGGGUCGCCUGCUGCUGGCUCUGCUCCUGCUGUCCUGGGAGGGAAAACUGCUUCAGGUUGGAGGGGUCAGAUCAGUCCCCCUCCCAGAGUCUCUCCUGUUCGUCUCAACCCUGGACGGCAGUCUGCACGCCGUCUCCAAGCAGUCGGGAGACAUCAAGUGGACCUUAACAGAAGACCCUAUUAUUCAAGUGCCUGUCGACCUCACAGAGCCAGGCUUUGUCCCAGACCCCAACGAUGGCAGUCUGUAUGUGCUUGGUGGGAAGCACAAGGAAGGCUUGAUGAAACUGCCUUUUACCAUCCCAGAGCUGGUUCAGUCAGCUCCCUGCCGAAGCUCUGAUGGUAUACUCUACACAGGUAAAAAGCAGGAUGUGUGGUUUGUGGUUGAUCCGGAAACGGGCAAGAAGCAAACCAAUUUAAUCACCUCCUCCACUGAAUCCAUCCGCUUCAGCACUCCUCUGCUCUACAUAGGACGGACAGAAUACGUGGUUACCAUGUAUGACACUAAGACACAGAAGCUGCGAUGGAAGGCUACCUACAACCAUUACUCCGCUUCUGCUUACGAUGAGAAGCAGGACUACGAAAUGGCCCAUCUGGUUUCAAGUGGAGACGGCCUUGUUGUGACAGUUGACAGAGAGUCAAGUGACAUCCUGUGGAGUCACAACUAUGGCUCGCCCGUCAUAGGGGUCUACCUGUACUCCGGGGACUCACUGAAACACGUCCCUCACCUGUCCCUCGCCAUGGAAACGCUACGCUUCCUCACGUUCUCCUCUGCCGGCGACCAGCCAGACGCACGCUCCACCUUGAAGUGGAGCUAUCAGUUUGUGAAGGAACAAGCCAGCGCCCAAGCACAACUAGUAUCCACUCUCUAUGUAGGAAAGUUGGAUUCCCACCUCUACGCCUUGACUUCUCUUGUGCAUCAAGGAGUCUCAUUAGUGAUCACACCGUGCACUGAUGUGUGUUAUCCACCAGGGAGCACAAACAGCCAGAUGAACCACUGGCUGCUGACAGGUCACCAUGAGCUCCCUGCAAUAGCUAACACCAACAUGCUGAAGGGUUUUCCAGUCAGCCUGCAGCAUUCUCCUCGAUCCUCUGCCUCCCCGGCCUGUCCUGCCUCGUACUACCACGAGCGCUAUCGUGCACCCCAGCAGCUAAGAGCUCAAAGGCAGCUCGAGGAGGCUUUUGAGCACAAGCAGACAAAUAUGCAGACCAACACGCAGACGGUGACCUCGGUUUCUUCAGUUGUGACCCUUUCUACCGACGUUAAUGUCUCCAGUGACUUGCUGCCUGCAUCUCCCGACCCCCCACCUAGUCCUCACAGUCACAGCAGUAACACUUCAGAUGUAGAUAAAAAUGGGAUGGAUGGUCACAAACCCACAGCAGAAGGAAACAGUGAGGAGGUGCAGGUGGGGAAAAUCUCUUUCAACCCCUCUGAGGUGCUUGGACACGGCACAGCAGGAACUUCUGUCUUCAGGGGUACAUUUUAUGGAUGCCAUGUGGCUGUGAAGCGAAUCCUACCAGAGUGUUUUGAGGUAGCAGAGCGAGAGGUGCAGCUUCUCCGAGAGUCCGACACGCACCCCAACGUCAUCCGGUACUUCUGCACAGAGAGAGACCACCUCUACACUUACAUCGCCACCGAGCUGUGUGCUGCAACCCUGCAACAGUAUGUGGAGGAUCCGUCGGGCUUUUCCGACCUGAGUCCUGUGACUGUGCUGGAACAGACCAUGUGUGGCCUCUCACACCUCCACUCGCUCAAUUUAGUCCAUUGUGAUCUGAAGCCCAGAAACAUCCUCCUCUCUGGUCCCAGUGCUCUGGGUCAGGUCCAAGCUCUCGUCUCAGACUUUGGUCUCUGUAAGAAGAUCCCAAAUGGUCGGAGAAGCUUCUCCUUGCAUUCUGGAACACCAGGAACUGAAGGGUGGAACGCUCCAGAAGUGCUACGAGAUACACCUGGAACUAAACCGACAGCAGCGGUGGACGUGUUCUCUGCAGGCUGUGUGUUUUACUACGUGGUCAGCAGGGGGCAGCACCCUUUUGGAGACGCUUUGAGGCGACAGGUCAACAUCUUGUCAGGAGAAUAUUCCCUCUCACAUUUCAUGGACGACAUACACGAUGAUGUCAUAGCAGCGGAUCUGAUUGAGCAAAUGAUCAGCGCGCAGGCGGAGUCACGCCCCUCUACGGCCUGUGUGCUCAAACAUCCAUUCCUCUGGAGCCCCGAGAAGCAGCUGAACUUUUUCCUGGAUGUUAAUGACCGCAUAGAAAAUGAGCCAGCAGAGAGUCCGAUUGUGGUGAGACUGGAGACUGCAAGAAGAGCAGUGGUCCGAACCGACUGGAGGAUGCGCAUCUCUAUGCCUCUAAGGAUGGAGUUGCGCCGGUUCAGGCUAUAUAAAGGAUACUCAGUCAGAGAACUGCUAAGAGCAAUGAGGAACAAGAAGCAUCACUACCACAGGUUGCCGCCGAAGGUGAAGGAGAUUCUCGGUGAGCUGCCCAAAGGCUUCGUCAGCUACUUCACCUCACGGUUUCCACGACUACUGAUGCACACGUAUGCUGCUUUGCAGAUCUGCUCCCACGAGAGAAUGUUUCACCCCUACUAUCCAUCCAUUAUCUAUUAA